UACGACGAAACAGGCCGGCUGAAUCCUUGGGCUGAAUGAAUAGGCUGAAUUUGUUAUUGUGCUGUUCGUAGGCGCUGGAGUUUGAGUUCACAGGCGUAGUGAGGAUUACUUUAGGUUACGGAGGUGCCUGUGCUAUUCUUGAAGGGCUGAAUUUAGUUGCCAGAAGUCCAAGACAAAUGCUGGUUUGUCUACCAGGAAGUGUAAAUUAAAAUCUUCUGAAACCAGCAUAGUGUGAUACAAGCUUCAAAUGGCUUCCCUUAAUGAGGUGGUGAAAAUUCACCAGAGCCUAGUGAAAGAGUGGUCAUCAAAGACCAGGAAUCUCAAGAAAUGUGAAGACUAUCUUACAAAGGCAAAGCUGGCGCUGACCCGGCUCACCUUCCUGCCGACGUCGCACGCCGAGGCCUCCAAGCAGGAGCUGAUCAUCGCGCGUGACGUGCUCGAGAUGGGCGUGCAGUGCGCCGUCGAGCGUCACGACAUCCCCGCCUUCGAGCGCUACAUGGCCCAGCUCAAGUGCUACUACAACGACUACAAGGGCUCACAGCUGCCCGAGUCGGCGUACCAGCUGCAGCUGCUGGGACUGAACCUGCUGGCGCUGCUGGCGCAGAACCGCGUGGGCGAGUUUCACACGGAGCUGGAACUGCUGCCGUCAGACGCCAUCCACAACAACGUGUACAUCAAGUACCCCGUGGCCCUGGAGCAGUACCUCAUGGAGGGCAGCUAUAACAAGAUCUUCCUGGCCAAGAGCAGCGUGCCCGCCUUCCACUACCGCUUCUUCGUGGAGCUGCUGCUGGAGACGAUCCGGGAGGAGAUCGGCGCCUGCAUGGAGAAGGCGUACGAGCGCAUGACGGCCGGCGAGGUGGUGCGCAUGCUCGGCCUCUCCAGCAAGGCCGAGCUGCCCGUCUUCGUCACCAAGCGCGGCUGGUCGACGGACAGCAGCGGCUACGUGGUGUUCCCGCGUGAGAAGAAAAUCAGCCACGAGGAGGGCGUGGCCUCGCUCGAGCUGACCGAACAGACCAUCGAGUACGCCCGCGAGCUGGAGAUGAUCGUAUGAUGGGGCGGCGAGCCCGCCCCACCCGCGGACUUGGUGACCAGCCGGCCGGUCGGCGGGCUCGGCGGGCUCGGCCGGCCACUCAGCGCCGACGCCGGCGCCGGCACCACCGGCGCGCCGGUGGCGCGGCUCCGGACCUCUCCCAGUGGCGCCAGGGUGCGCGUGGGACCGAUUGUCGCCGGUUUGUGUCGCGACCGAUGAUGGUGCUUCGUGCUGAGCGCCGGUCGCGAAAUACAUGCUUAGUUCUGUU